AUGCCAACUCCAAGAUGCUUCAUUGUGCGCCACGGUGAGACUGAAUGGUCUCUCAAUGGCCGACACACGGGCAGCAGCGACAUUCCUCUAACAGCCAACGGCGAGAAGCGCGUCAAGGCCACCGGGAAAGCACUAGUAGGGAAUGAUCGACUAAUCGCACCGAAACGACUCGCGCAUGUAUACGUCUCCCCCCGCAAACGCGCCCAGAGAACCUUCGAACUCCUCCAAAUUGGAUGCAAAGAGCGAGUCCCGUGGCAAGAGGCCAGCAGCCCGGAAAGCGAAGGACAAAUUCAAACCGAAGCAAACAUCGAUAUCACGGAUGCCAUUCGAGAAUGGGACUAUGGUGAGUAUGAAGGGUUGAAGAGUUCUGAAAUCAGGACUCUGCGAGAGAAGAACGGUCAAGGGUCAUGGGAUAUUUGGAGAGAUGGAUGUCCCGGAGGAGAGUCUCCCGAGGAUGUUUGCCGUCGACUCGAUGCCCUGAUUGCCGAGAUUCGAGAGAAACACCACCAAAAAAGCUUCGACGGCUCGGAUGAUGAGAAAGCCGAUGUCCUCGUCGUCGCACAUGGUCAUAUAUUGCGAGCUUUUGCAAUGCGAUGGGUCGGAAAACCGUUGACCGAAACGUCACUCAUUCUGGAAGCAGGGGGGGUCGGAACAUUGAGUUAUGAACAUCACAACAUCCAUGAGCCUGCUAUCAUCCUUGGUGGUGGCUUUGUGGUGGAGGGUUGA